UGGCUCUUUCAGUUUCACUCAAUCGCGGACUGAUAGGGUGAGCAAGAUGGUAAGAAUGCUGGCUGGUCUGCUCUUGGUGCUUUCAGUGAUGGCAGCUCUUGCUGCGGAUCACGUCGUGAAUCUCACACCCGAGAACUUUAUGGAACUGGUAGGGCAGGAUCGAGGAGCUCUUGUCGAGUUCUUCAUUAACAGUUGUGGAGCUUGUAAGAAGCUUGGACCUGAAUAUGAGAAGGUUGCUUUGGCAUUCAGGAAAGUCAAGAAGACCGUGCUGAUAGCCCAUGUGAAUUGCGAAUACCAUCCUCUAGUGUGUGGGUAUUGUAACAUCAGCAACUACCCAACAAUCGAGUGGUUCCCGAAAGGAUCAAUGACUGCCAAAAUUUAUUCCGGAACUCCAACUAGCAGAGGCCUGAGGAAGUUCGUAAAUGCACAAGCGAAAAACCACAACAAGAAGGAUCUGUAUUGAAUUCCCACAAGUUCAUAAACCCCAAACAAAAAUAUCCGUACUUAUCCUUGAA